AUGGACGCUCAGUUGGAAGGGAAACGGGCAGAAGGACGGGAUGACUUACUCUUGCUUUGUGUGAUUCUCACUGUCUGGUUUGGUUCAUCGGACUUGUUGCUGCGUCUGCUGGACGAUAUAAUCCCACAUACUCCAGCGCGACAACGAUCACGACAACUCGCAACAAUAGCAAUUAACCCGUCUGCUCCUAAUCAGCCAAAAAUGGACCCGUACCCCAGACCGUUCGUCAUCCAGCCGAAAACCACGCAUAAACAGUCGGUCAUCCUCCUCCACGGCCGCGGCGGCUGUGCUGCUGAAUUCGGCCCUGCGCUGCUCUUCCACCCCAUCAACAACAAAUCCUCCACGACCUUCCUCAGUAGCACCCUCAAAUCCCUCUUCCCCAGCGCGAAAUUCAUCUUCCCCACAGCGCCCAGACGCACGGCCGCUACGUACAACUACUCCCUGAUCAAUCAGUGGUUCGAUUAUUGGCCCCUGGCAACCACCCUGUCCGGCGAGGACUGUACGGCCACCAGCAGCCCGGUGACUGAUAAACUGCAUAUUGCCAUUAACGGGCUCGCGGAGACAGCUGGAUUUCUGCACGACUUGAUCCGCGAUGAGGCCGCGCUGGUCGGGUGCCAGAACGUCGUUCUUGGCGGGUUGAGUCAGGGAGGCGCCGCCAGCAUCGUCGCGGGGCUACUAUGGGAUGAUCGAAAGGAAGGGCCUUUGGGCGGUAUCUUCGGGUUGUGCAGCUGGCUCCCGUUUGCAGGGAAGAUGAAAGAUCUUUCUGUUUCUGCGUUGAAGGAUGAAGCGAGCGGAUACGGUGACGCUCCGGCUGCUCGAGCGAUUGAGCAUCUUCAAAAUGAACUGCAACUACCUUCUACCUCCUCCGCGUCUACCAACAGAUACCCCUAUUCCUCCUCAUCGCUACUCGCAGAGUCGACUCCCUUCUUCCUCGGGCACGGACUAGAGGAUGAGAAGAUCCCUGUCCAAUUCGGACGGGAAGCCGCUGCCUGUCUGCGUGCAAUGGGUCUGCCGGUCGUCUGGAAAGAAUACGCCGCGUUGAACCAUUGGUAUUCCGAGACAAUGCUACGUGAUCUCGCGGAAUUUCUUAUGGGAAUACUCGACGAGGCUUAA